AUGGCCAUGAACCUAUCGAGCCGCAUAUGCACUGCAGUUUUCUGUAGCAGCCAAUGCCAGCGCAAGGCCAAUGCUACCUGGCAUGCUUUGCUGUGUGCCAAUAGAUACCUGAGUGAUAAAGGUGGGAAUAGCAGCGGUAGUAGUGUGGUAGAUGGUAAUAGUAGCGGUAGCAAUGCUGACAAGCCCGACCUCCUGAACGAUAACCCCAUAGUUUACUUCUACCAGUUUGCGCAAG